GGUCCACUCGAUAAGGUCCCGCCCUAAUUUCCUUUAUUUUGCCACACGCAAAAGCUAAACAGGACAGCUUGCUCGAAUUAGAGAUAUCUUCUGCGUCUUGUAUACAACGCAAGAACUAUGGCUCAGCUAGGUUCAAGGCAAAUCAUUACUUUCUCCAUUGACGGUAUCCUAAGCUCUGGUAAUGAAGAGCAAAAUCUUAGAAGAGGCUCGGUGGAUUAUCGAGAAGACAUCAUAAAAACGGAAACAUUUCCAUCUACUGAGAAGUCAACAGCACAUGUCGAAAUCGACGCGGCAAGAACGAACGACAAUAGCCCUGAUUAUAAGUUGGAUAAACAUUGUGAAUCCGGGAUUAAAGAAAAAGAAGGUGAUACGGAUUCCCCAGCUACCACCAAGAUGAAAGCGUCAAAUAAGAAGAAGAGACGCGUCUUAUUUUCAAAGGCUCAAGUAUACCAAUUAGAAAGCAGAUUUCGCGUUCAAAAGUACCUUUCAGCUGUUGAAAGAGAUCAGUUAGCAAGGAUGAUCAACCUGACGCCUUCACAGGUGAAAAUUUGGUUUCAGAACCACCGAUAUAAGAGUCGUCAACAAAUUAAGCAUGAUGGACAGUUCGAGGACGAUCCCAAGGUUCCAUGCGGGGGACACUACCAUCCCGCAGAGGUUCCUUGCUUACAACCAUGCCCUUAUUACGAGCCUCGGGACACAAUCAAUUCAUUCUCCUCGGCUUUUAUGCCUUGGUCUUCAGUAUGUCCAGCCUCUUCACUGGCUCCAGUUAACACUUUCUCGUUCUCAUCACCUCCCACUCAACAUUUUGUACGCUAUCCCUCGUGCCAAUAUGAAAGCCAAAGACAAUCGCUGUAUCCUCCAGUUUUUUAUUAAUUUCACCUUGUUCGGACACUCCACGAGAAAAUUCGCAGUUUACGAAACCGCCCUGCGUCAUUUGGAGGACAGAAUUCAUCCAUUCUAGAGUUAUUUUGCUUGAAUUGCUCUUUUUUAGACCAUUCAAUCAUCUUUUUAAUCACUCUACGUUAACUCAAGGCCAUAACUUUUCGAGAACGUUUAUGAAAUAUUGUUGCGUUUUACAAGUAUAAUGUUUAGCUUUGCAUUAACAAGUCUAAAAUGUCAAGGAAAAAUACCAUGCGCCUCUCUCUCGCAAUGUUGAGUUACCAUCUUAAAAUUUACUGUGAUAUAACUCUCAUCUCGUUUUAUUUUUGGAAGCUAAAACCUUUUUUGGAAACAUGGGGUUGUACUCAACUCUAUUUUAUUCUCGUUUCAUUUAUAAUGAUCCGAUGAACAAAGCUUGUUACGCAACUUCGCUUGAAGGAGAUUCUUUUUUUUCUUAUGAAGAAUGUACAUACUACUAGCUACUCUGUAAAUAAAGACUGAAAAGAAU